AAGGAACACAGAAUCAAUUUUCAAGUCUGUAGUACGAUACUCAGGAUCCUCAAGUCUUCUCCUUCAAAAUCUCUCAAUAUUUCAUCAAAAAUCCAAAUCAAGCUGCAAAAUAUCCAAGAAAACAGAUCGUUCUUAAAAUUCAAAUGGGCAUCUUGAAUUUCCUCAAAUUUACUCUUUUAUGCAUUGAUUUUCUUGCCUGGCCUGUAUUUGCUCUGGGCUAUCCUCUAUGUGCUUCAAUCCGAGCCAUUGAAACGGGCUCCAAAUAUCACAUGAGAAAAUUGGUCAUCUAUUGGGCCCUUUUUUCUCUCAUUUCUCUGUUUGAACUUGCUUUCAUCAAACUCAUUGAGUGGAUACCACUAUGGUCUUUUAUAAAAUUCGUAGCCAUCUGCUGGUUAGUUAUGCCUCGGUUUGAUGGUGCUUGCUAUGUUUACCAAAGGCUUGUGAAUACUUGCUCGAAUGUCAAUCUUCGAGCUUUAGUCAGCCGGCUUUGCAGACCAAACGAGGAUCAAAGCCUUACGACAGAAACUCUCGUGGCAGUGACAGAGAGAUACGUUAAAGAGAAUGGUUUGGAAGCCUUUGAAAACCUUAUGAAAAGCAAGCUUAAAUGCAUAGAACCUGAUAACAUUCAGAAAGAUAUCGAACAGCUGGAAUCAAGAGAUAAAAUUGAUGCAGAUACUCAAGAACAGCCAAAGUGCGAAGAACCCGAGGUUGCUGAGAAGGACAUUAAUGCCUUAGAACCAACUGAGAAAAUAUCAUCAACUACAGAGGCACAGCAUGCAGAUGCUAAGAUUUCAGAAGCAGCAAAUGAGAGAAACCCUGAAGUACCUGUGAAAGUCCAACAAGAAUGGGCUUGUGCAUUAUAUCAGGUGACAACCACAAGCGAGAAGGAUCUGAAUUGCCAUCUUCAGGGGAGUAAGCACAAGUCCAAGUGCGAAACACUGAAAAGAAGCAAACAAGAUACGAAAAGUAGAGGUUCUUUACCAUCCACGUCUCAUAAAUCAAAGUGCGGGAACCUUGAGCCAGAAAAGGGUAAUAUCGGUGAAGGAUCAAAGCAAAAUUUGAACAGAAACACAGAGGAAAUAGUUCAACCUCAUGCGGAAAGUGAUCAACAGACCCAGAAGCAAACAAAUCUCAAUGGUGCUGGUAGUAAUCAGACACCUGAACUGUGGUGCCAUGUAUGUAAAGUGAAGUUGCUUAGUAAGAUUGACCUCGCUUCUCAUCUUCAGGGGAGGAAGCACUCGACUAAUAUUCAAAACUUAUUCGAUAGUUAUGUUAUUAAGGGUGUGAUUUCAGAAGAGAUCAAGAACCAGCUUGCGCGACCAAGUUGGUAACCUUUGUUUAAGUCUCAUUUGGAGAGGGUGUGGCGUUUGUUGCAACUUGAAAAAGGUGGUGUUUCGUUAACUUUAAUUUCUAGCGAAUGAGAAAAUUUGGACAAUGUUGACAUAUCAGAAUCAAUCACUUUCAUGUUCAUCUA